UAUAUUACAAUAUUGAUGUAUGCUCUGACUCUGCUGUAAGACAUUUGUGUUGAGAUUUUUGGAUACUUUUGUACAAAUUUCGUUCUUGGCCAUUUUGCUGAGGCAGAAAAAGGACGUUGUGGAGUCCCACAGGUCUUCUCCAGGCAGCCUCUCUUCAUCUCUCCCCAUCAUGUCUGAUAAGCCGAGGGUUUAUCAGGGCGUCCGCGUGAAGACAACCGUCAAAGAGCUGCUGCAGAAACACAGAGCCCGCGAGGCAAACAGCAAAAAAGUGAAAACGAUAUCCCAGGCGUGCUCAGAUCUGCAGGGACUUUGCUCGUCCACUUUUCAAACUCGCCAUGAGGACCCUCCUCCUGCCAUUUCUCCAGAUGACGUGCGCGGUUGUGGAGCACCUGCCUUCCAGCUGAGCACCGCCACGUUCCCGGUGCCUGACAGCUCGUGCGGCAGCCAGAUGCAAGAGGAGCGCUCCUUCAACGACAUCCCGCAGCAGUUCAGCGACAUGAUGUUGCCAGGCAACGUCUACAGUGGCAACAACAACACCAGCAGCAGUGGCGGUGGCGGUGGCGGUGGCAGCUACAGCGCCUCCCUGCCUGCCCCUCCAACCCUACCGCUGCCCUGGUGCCACGCGCUCUCCUCUGACGCGGACUACUACGGCCAUGGAAUGGCUACCUGCUCCUCACCGGAGUUGCUGAAGCUCUGCGCCCCCGUGGGUCACAAGAGCUACUCACCCCAGGACUCUUUCGACUCUUCCUCCUCCUCCUGCUACGACUCCCCCACCAGGAUAGAGCCUUUUUACCCCGACCUCCCCUCCGAGCACUACCACUACCAGCACUGCACCCUCCAGGACUGUUACUGCCUGCCUUACUGGCCCGGCCCGCAGGACAGCUUCUCCGCCCCUGAAUACGCAUCUUACUACAACCCCACAGACUAUCCGUACGCCUGCCCUGUGGAGGAGAACUAUUUCAGGAGGGAUUUGCAGAUGACCUCCGAAAUGUGCUACAAUGAACUAUAAUGAGACCUUCAUCGGUUCUCUUGUGUAUAUUUUGUCUGUAAAUAUGUUUAUGAGCAUGGAGCUUUGCUUGAUGGUCCGCGCUGCAUUUCAAUGUGUUCUCUGACUGGCUUUUGCUUGGGUGUAUUGAACAUUAUGAAUGCAGAAUGAAUGGAAAUAUUUUUGUGUAAAUAACUCUUUUUUUACUACCAAGAUCUAUUUUCAUACAUAUAACUUGUUGCUGUACUAAAUAAACAUGUGUUAAAUCAA